CACCGGGUCCCCGCCCUGCCCGUCUGCGCCCGCCCGCCAAUCAGCCCCCGGGGGCGGGCUGGGACCUCCCGGGGACUUCGCGGCAUCUCCGGGGGUGGCCGCAGACACCAGAGCGGCCGGCAGCCCCGCGGCGGGUGGCCCAGACACAGCCGCCACCUCGCGCAUGGGGAUUUAGCGGCUGGAAAGAUGGCGUCCUCCGCGUGUCCCCUGGGCCCCAUCGACAGCCUGGAGCUGCUGGACCUCCUGUUCGACCGGCAGGACGGCGUCCUGAGACACGUCGAGCUGGGCAAGGACUGGGGCCCCGGCCAGGACCAGCAGGUCCUGCCGGGCCUGGACUCUGAGGAUUUCCUCAGCUCCAUCCUGGGCUCUGGAGACUCGGUGGCCGGCUCCCCGCUCUGGUCUCCCGCGGCCAGCGACAGCAGCAACUCCGAAGACCCGCCCUCCGACGCCCAGGACACCCCUCCCCGCGGUGGGGCGGCCGCCACCCCCGCGGGCUGCCCGAUGGCGGAGCCUGGCCCGGGGCCCUGGCCCUCCUACCGCCCCAGCCCGCCCUGGCCCACCCGGCCUCCGGGGGCAGCGACCCAAGCGCUCGAGGCCUCGGUGGCCAUUGACCUGGAGAUGUGGAGCCUGGGCCCCCACCGUGCGGAGCGGGCUGAGCCGGCCGCCGCGCCCCCCGGCUGCAACCUCACGGUCAAGGACCUUCUCCUCGCGGGCAGUGGCGCAGACGCGACACAGCACCAGCUGGCAGCCCCCCACCUACUGCGACCCGGGACCGGGCACUGCCAGGAGCUGGUGCUGACAGAGGACGAGAAGAAGCUGCUGGCCAAGGAGGGCAUCACGCUGCCCACCCAGCUUCCCCUCACCAAGUACGAGGAGCGAGUGUUGAAAAAAAUCCGGCGGAAAAUCCGGAACAAACAGUCGGCCCAAGAAAGCCGGAAGAAGAAGAAGGAGUAUAUCGAUGGUCUGGAAACUCGGAUGUCAGCCUGCACAGCCCAGAACCAGGAGCUUCAGAGGAAGGUCUUUCAUCUUGAGAAGCAGAACCUGUCGCUCCUGGAGCAGCUGAGGAAACUCCAGGCCAUCGUGGUCCAGUCCACCAGCAAGUCGGCCCAGACGGGCACCUGCAUAGCGGUCCUGCUGUUCUCCUUCGUGCUCAUCAUCCUCCCCUCCAUCAGCCCUUUCGCCUCCAACAACGCCGAGAGCCCCGGAGACUUCGCACCCGUGCGAGUUUUCUCCAGAACUUUGCACAACGACGCCGCCUCCCGCGUGGCCCCCGACGCCACACCAGGCUCCGGGGCCCCAGGACCCUGGCCCGAGGCUGGCGCGCCCCAGGAAGGGUCUCCGGGCAGCCCAGGGUCAGAUCGGGAAUCGCGCCACGUGCUGGCUCUGGAUAACUCGACGGAGAAGCUGGACAACCUGACCCUGGCUUCGGGCAACUCUUCAGAGGAGCUGCGUCGGGCCACCCUGCUGGACUGGGCCUCGCCCGAGCCGGCGCUCAGCCCGGGGCGCGUGGGGCUGGAGGCCGCCGGGGAGGAGCUGUGAGCCCCACCUGGACGUGCCACCAGGCCCCUCGGCUCCGGGGCACCGCAGUGGACGGCGACAGGCAUGGGGAGCGGAGGUGAGGCUGAGCCCCCCGCGGAGACGCCAAGAUGGAGAUGCACCAACUCAUGGGGCCACGAGGCCUCAGAAACACGCGCACACAGACCCGGGCACGGAAGGGAACAGGCAGACGCGUACAGACUGACGCACAGACCCAGACAGACAGACACACGCGCAUGAUGCCCGUGCCCGGGCCUCCUCCCCGCCUCCUCGCACACAAGGAGGAGGAAGCGGCCGGGACGGCAGGGACCUUGGCCCCGGAGCGCGGGCUGAGCUCUGAACUCCGGACGGCCGUGGCCACAGCCACCCCUCCCCUCUUUCUGGGGCCGCCGAGACCCCUAAUAAAGUAUUUGGACAGAA